CGAGAGCGUAGAUAACCAAUAUAAUGAUGAACGCUGGGGAAGUAAUAACUUCAGCAUUCAUGUAACUGUAAUUACUUGUUAAUGGAAAUCUCUAGAAAAGUGUAUUUGGUUUGGAUUUCAUAAGCUUGGCGAUACUGAUACAUUUGGGGGACACAAUCCCGAGCCAUGUAUUUGAUUGGUCUGACUGGUGGCAUUGCAUCUGGUAAGAGCACCGUCUCCAACUUCUUCAGAGAGCUGGGAUGUCCGGUCAUCGAUGCCGAUUUGAUUGCUAGAGAGGUGGUUGUGCCCAACAGACCCUCCUGGAAGCUGAUUGUUAAACACUUUGGCAGUGACAUACUGCAAGAGGACGGUACCAUUGACAGACCUAAAUUGGGGAGGAUCAUCUUUGGCAAUGACGACAAGAGACACCUGUUGAACUCAUGUACUCAUCCUUACAUCCAGAAGGAAAUGAUGUGGAGAGUGUUCAAGUACUUCCUGAAAGGUUAUCCGUAUAUUAUCUUGGAUAUUCCUCUUCUACUAGAAGGCAGUGCCUUGAGGAAGUUCCUACGGAAAGUUAUUGUGGUAUACUGCGAUGAGGAAACUCAGCUCAACAGACUCAUGACGCGCAGCCACCUCAGCCAAGAGGACGCCCUCGCAAGGAUCAGCUCCCAGAUGCCAUUGUGUGAGAAACGCAAGCAAGCUGAUUACAUUAUUGACAAUUCAGGCAGCGUCGCAGACACCAAGCUGGCGGUAGACUACCUGAACAGACAGUUCCAGACAUCGUAUGCUCACUGGAAACUCCGACUGAUUUUGGCAGCGGGAAGCAUUGGGCUCACUUUAGCUAUCUAUGGACUUUUGAAAAUUGUUUUAUGAUUUGUGUUAUGGGUUCUAAUUGUUUUACAAGAUUCCAAAUCGAAUCAUCACGGUAAAAUCACAUCAACACAGCUUAGAAAAUGUUGUCCAAUGACAUAAUACGAUAUACAAAAUGGACACCGGACAUGUAAAAUCAUACACAAACAAAACUCUUUGGGCUGUCUAUUAUAAAGGGGCAUAGCUACUAGCAAUAUAAGACAAUUGCUGUCCUAGACUAUUCUCCUCGCCUAUCCACACAGUAAUUAUAUUUGGGUGGGAAACGUGAUCGUUAGAAAACCUUUCUGUUCAAUCCCAGCCAGACAAGACAGGGUUGCCAAGCUUAUUAAAACAGAAUGUGAAGUGACAGGUGCAUGUGUCCCCAGCUUACAAUUUUUACAUACAGACUAUGCCACCAUUUACCCAGGCAUGUCACUUUGGUGCACUUUUCAUCUCAAUUAUUUCUCAAAAGACAAGGCCUGCAGAAAAAAACCUGAACCCAUCACCUUCAAAUUAGGGCAAGUUGGAGCGUGAGCUCUAGUUCGACCAGGAGUCCGAUGAUUUUUAACAAUGCGCAUGCACAAUUCAGUUACACCUAAAUGACAUCAGUCGUCCUCUUUAAAAAUCUCAUCAUUAGUCACAUUUCAUCAUUGGCUGCAAAUCUUGCAGCAUACAUGUACAUAGCCUUUGAAAUCCUGUACAGUUACUUUCAUCUGAAUGGUUCCCCUUGUAACAAUACGUGAAAUGGGUUGCUGAUAUCCAGAGGUGUGAAGGUACCCUGGAACCUGGUCCCAAAUUAUCGACUUGACAGUCCAAACCAUUCAUCAUUUGGGCAGUGUUAGUUGAACGACAGUUAACUACAGUCAUCACUCCAACUUGCCCUUCGAAAUUCAAUUUCUCACGACCCACUGCAAGGAGUAGAUUCUUCAAAUUGAAGCUUGGCCCAUCUCGUGGCAACAUGAGUCGGUUGUUACUAACUCUGAUGCAGCAAAUACCAGGCAUGAAUAUGCAAGAUACUGUAAAUGUUGCAGUUUCUAACAGCACGUCGGAAGAAAAUCAGGAAGGAAUAAUUGGCCAAUCCGGGGAAAUGCUACAUAUAAGUAAAGCUCUCAUGAGAAUGAUACCCAUUUCAUGUUUUUCAACUUCCUUUGGUUACUGAACAACAUGUGUCAGAGGUAUGUAUAUGUUACAACUCAAUUUUGUUGCUUUAUUCUUUCACCAGAACACUUUUCUUUUAUUUCACAACGGAAAGUCGGAGUAAGAUGGCACUCAAAUGUUAAUCUGACGACAAAAGUUCAUGGCAUAAAAAAAAUGAAAGUCUGACGGAAACAAUCAAGAAAUGUGCGAGUCUUAUCACCUGAUAGGAACAUUAAAAGACAAUUUUCUCACUACAUCUGUGACAGCUUGGUAAAACAAGUACAGAAAGUAUUUUAAAAAAUAAUUUAAACACAGGUGUAGGCGUCUGAUCAAAGUGUUCAAAAAUUACCCAGUAGAGUGUACAUGUAUGUGUAUUCAGAAUCCAACUUGAAACCAAAGUACCCAAUGUUACCCAUUGAGGUGCAUCCAGGGGUACACUGUGUACGCAGCUGUACCUAGUCCACCUAUUCAUGCCCAUAUCAAAUUAAACCAAGGUACGCGUAACAUUCCAGGUGGUGCUCAUGUUAGAUAAAAAUGUACCAGUCUUUCUUCAAAACAGAUUUUACUUUAUGACUA